AUGUUAGGCUUGGGAGUGCGUCGACUGAAAUCCCGCCCCUCCUUGCUGGAUCUGAUUGCCAGUCAGGGUGUUGAGCAACAGCAGCAGCAACAGCAGGAAAGAGAAGCCAACGGAUCGAGGUCGUCAUCACCGCCCGGGCCCGACCACCUGCCACCGCCCAUCCCCGUUUCGCCCACCUUCCCCAGCACCGCCAGCACUUACAGCUCCGACGACUCCUCUCCCUCCACCUCCCUUUCCACUGUCCCCAUCCACCCUCCUGUUUCACACACUAUGGCCUCAUCCAAGAGAGCCGCUGACGCCGGCGAGGCAGCCCAUGGCGCUGUUUUCUCCGUCUCCGGUCCCGUCGUCGUGGCCGAGAACAUGAUCGGUUGUGCUAUGUACGAGUUGUGUCGAGUUGGUCAUGACAUGCUUGUCGGUGAAGUCAUCCGUAUCGAUGCCGAUAAGGCCACCAUCCAGGUUUACGAAGAAACGGAUGGUGUAACGGUCGGCGAUCCCGUCACGAGGACGGGUAAGCCCCUUUCGGUCGAGCUCGGUCCCGGCUUGAUGGAAACAAUCUACGACGGUAUUCAGCGACCCCUGAAGGCCAUCUCCGACCAGUCCGGAGGUAUCUACAUCCCCCGUGGAAUCACAGUGAAUGCGCUGGAUCGCGAGAAGAAAUGGGAUUUCACGCCGGGUCAGUACAAGGUGGGCGACCACAUCACAGGAGGUGACAUCUGGGGUACCGUGUUCGAGAACAGCUUGCUCAACGAACACAAAAUCCUCCUCCCACCCCGUGCGCGCGGUACCAUCACUCGGAUCGCCGAAGCCGGAAGCUACACUGUCGAGGAGAAGCUGUUGGAGAUCGAGUUCGAUGGCAAGAAGACCGAGCACGGAAUGAUGCAGACCUGGCCCGUCCGUGUGCCGCGCCCGGUGAACGACAAGCUGUCCUCCGACGCUCCCUUCAUCGUCGGUCAGCGUGUGCUGGACUCUCUCUUCCCCAGUGUGCAGGGUGGUACCGUCUGUAUCCCCGGUGCGUUCGGAUGCGGCAAGACCGUCAUUUCGCAGAGUGUGUCCAAAUUCUCCAACAGUGAUAUCAUCGUCUACGUCGGAUGUGGUGAGCGUGGUAACGAGAUGGCCGAAGUGUUGAUGGAUUUCCCGGAGCUUUCCAUCGAGAUCAACGGUCGCAAAGAGCCCAUCAUGAAGCGUACCUGCCUGAUCGCCAACACCUCCAACAUGCCCGUCGCUGCUCGUGAAGCCUCCAUCUACACCGGUAUCACCAUCGCCGAAUACUUCCGUGACCAGGGCAAGAACGUGGCGAUGAUGGCGGACUCUAGUUCUCGCUGGGCCGAGGCGUUGCGUGAGAUUUCGGGUCGUCUGGGAGAGAUGCCUGCUGAUCAAGGUUUCCCCGCCUACCUGGGUGCCAAGCUGGCCUCCUUCUACGAACGUGCCGGAAAGAGUCUGGCUCUGGGAAGCCCCGAGAGAAACGGCAGUGUUAGUAUUGUCGCUGCCGUCAGUCCUCCGGGUGGUGACUUCUCGGAUCCCGUCACCACCAGUACGCUGGGUAUCGUACAGGUCUUCUGGGGUCUGGACAAGAAGCUGGCCCAGCGAAAGCACUUCCCGUCGAUCAACACCUCGAUGUCUUACAGUAAAUACACCACCGUCUUAGACAAGUACUACGAGAAGCACCACCCCGACUUCCCGCGCCUGCGUGAGAGCAUCCGAGAACUCUUGACCAAAUCCGAGGAUCUGGACCAGGUCGUGCAGCUGGUCGGAAAGGCGGCCCUGGGUGAUUCGGACAAGAUCACCCUCGACGUGGCCGCCAUGGUGAAGGACGACUUCCUGCAGCAAAACGGUUACAGUGACUACGACCAGUUCUGUCCUCUGUGGAAGACGGAAUACAUGAUGAAGGCGUUUAUGGGCUACCACGACGAAGCCCAGAAGGCCAUCGCGCAGGGCCAGAACUGGUCCAAGGUGCGCGACGCCACUUCCGACAUCCAGACUUCCCUGCGCAGCAUGAAGUUCGAAGUGCCGGAUGACGAGGCGGCCAUCACGGAGAAGUACGAGAAAGUCCUGCAGAACAUGUCGGAGCGCUUUGCCUCGGUAUCGGAUGAGUGA